AUGGGAGACGAUCUGGAGACGUUAUGUGGAAAGAUCUCUCUCAUAGUAGGGGAAAAAGUAGGCAUCCCGGUUUCAGAAGGGGAAAUUGUGGCCGACAGAGAGAAGGGCGAGAGGUGUCUUGUGGGCAGAAUUGGUAUUGAGAAGAAGGUGAAUAAGGAGGCCUUUAGAAACGUUUUAUCCCGGAUAUGGCGUACGAUGGGUUCUGUGGUCUUCAAAGAAAUGCAAGAUAACGUAUGGUUGUUUGAAUUUGUAGAUCUUGAUGACAAGAAGAGAGUCAUGGAGGGACGACCAUGGUCAUUUGAUCGUCAAAUUUUGGUUCUAAACGACUUUGAUGGGAGUAUUCCACCGGCUCAGAUGCAGUUUACCCACUCACCCUUCUGGAUUCAGGUGCAUGAUAUGCCACUUUUAUGUAUAAACAAAGGGGUGGGCACAAAGAUUGGAGAAUCCCUUGGAACUCUGGAAGACAUAGAUGUGGCGGGCGAUGGAGGUGGGUGGGGAAGAUGUUUGAGAAUAAGGGUGAAUAUUGAUUUGAACAAUCCAGUGGAGAGGAGUAGGGCAUUAUCAAUGGGGGGACAAAAGUACUGGGUGACUUUCAGAAAGGUUGCACAGUCAAGACCUCUCAACGAAGGCAUGAAGAGGGAGGAAUCAAAGAGUGGGGUGUCGGGCUUAAGGCGGAGGAGAAUGGGAGGUGAUUUGGGUGGGGGGGAUCACCAAGUGGACAACUACUCGGGUGAGGUGGAAGGGAAAUUAAUGAGAGAUAAUAUGGUGGCAAAGCGGGGUGAUCAGAUGGGUGAUAACGUGUCUAAGGAGUGGGUUAAGAUGACAAACAUGGAGGUUAAUGCUGCUACGUCCCAUGCAACCAUGCAGGACGAUGUAGGAAAAGGGGUUGGGGAAAUGUGCAAUGUGGAAGGAGGGAAUCAAGGAGGGGAAAUUGAAGGAAAUAAGGAAAAAGAGGGCCAUACUUUGGGACUUAUAGCUGCUGCAGAAGAUCAGUUGUCGGAAGGAAUGGGUGACAGAGUGUUUUCGAUGGAGGUGGAAGGAGAGGGGGACUUAUAG